GAAUCACAAGAGAAAGGCAGAAUAAGAAAUAACCAACUGUUGUAAUAUAUUUCAUAUAAGGUUAUAAAAUAUCUUGUGCAUGCAUUAAAAAAUAAUAAUCAAUGUGAUUAACUAUAAUCAAAGUAAUUAACUCUGUGCUUAGCACAAAAAGCAAUAGCAAAAAUAUGGUUAAUGUCACAAAAGAUAUGUACAUGAUACAGAUCAGGGGGGCAAAUUUUGGGGUCCUGAAGGGUCACCAACUACAUGUUCAUUCCAACCAAGCAGAAGCACAACAACUUUGGCUGAUUUAUGCUUUCACUAUUGUGUGUCACACCAAUGAGAAUGCAAGGAUGUGGUCCCUGAAAUAAAACAGCAUUUAUACACAUUUAUCCAUUUUGUUAAUGGCAUAUUGGUGUGCAAGGGCAGAGUCAAAAUUGAAUAAAAGAGUAACUGCUAAUUAGAAAAUAUGUCUGUUGAUGAGCUGUUGCUUGAGGAAUUGAGAUUUAUGUAGCUACUUUUAAAAAGAGAUGAUCUUUCAGCCCACUCAACAAAUGGAGGCGAGACAAGGGAGAAUAUAACUUCCUCAUAAAGUCAGUCUGCUCUGUAGAUUGUUGUUAUACAACUUACAGAUGAGUGUAUUUUCCUCAUUUUCUCUAAUUCGAUGUUUCUGCUCUGUGCUGACACACCCACACAGCCGUCUAGUUAAACAAAUCACAAGUGCAAAGUGGCAACCUGCUUCUGCUUGGUUUUAAUGAAAAUGUUUUAACAUCACAACGCUGCCCCUUUGCAGAUAUAACUGAAGACACCUUUGUAGAAGGUCCAGACAAACACUCACCCGUGAUAUUGUCAAUGAGCUAACAGGAAACUUUUUCUCAUAUGUCUUGUCCAUAAGGGAGGCCAGUUUAGCUAAAAGAGAAGAAAUAAAAACAGUGAAGAAAAAUACAACAAUGGACAGUGAACAUGCAAAAAGCAUCAGAGGCUCAUCAAGCACUAUGCCUAGGACUGCACUGUAUGUGUCUUUGCUGUGCUUUCUUUCUCUCUGCUCAGCCUGUUACAUCUCUAACUGCCCAAUAGGUGGCAAAAGAUCCCUGAUAGAUGCACCAGCACAUAAGUGCAUGGCUUGUGGUCCCAGGGACAGUGGCCGCUGCUUUGGUCCCAGUAUUUGCUGUGCAGCAGGUUUAGGCUGCUCUGUGGGCUCUCCUGAAGCACUGAGCUGCACUGAAGAAAAUUAUAUACCCACUCCAUGUGAGAAUGGAGGUAGAGCAUGUGGAUCUGAGGGGGGACGCUGUGCUGCUCCAGGUGUCUGCUGUAACUCAGAGGGCUGCAGCACUGAUCUUUCAUGUCUUACUGAUGAUGAAGCUGAUCUAGAAAGCAGUGAUGGUCCUGGUGAAGAUCUCCUUAUGAAGCUGCUACAUCUCACUAGGCAGCAUUUGGCCAACAGAAUUCACCAGUCUUCCUGAUGACCUCAUCGAGAAAGGCAAAGACAUCAAGAGUGUCUCAGAGAUUGAGCAGAAUGGAGACAGCUUCAAAGUGACAGUAACCACAGGGAGCAAAGUUAUGGUUAACUCCUUCAUUAUA